AACUUGGAGGCUGAAGAACACGUCAUAUCAGAUGCUUUCAGCUAGAAGUCGCCAGAAAUUAGGAGACCUUGAUCGUUUUUCAUUCUGAGGUUAACACACUGAGCAACAGUAUUGAUUUCCACCUUCUUUUACGCCAGCAUUGGAACAGAUUUUGCUUUCGAGUAACCCAAAAUGGAGCAAUUUGCUGAACUGUAGCUUCACGCAGAGCUGCAGGUGAUCUGCAGAAUGUGUGCUUGUGUCUCGGAGGAGGGCGGUUAAAGCAUGUGUGUUUCAGCAAAUACUGCCUGAGAGCAGCUGGGCAGGGCAGGACUCACAGGCCAAUGACAUCAUCCACGAAGAAGGAGAGACAGUCGAAAGCGCACGAGCCAUCUCUCCUCGGGCAGUAUGAGGAAGUGGGCCCCACUCAGAGCGGGAGGCGGAGAGCAGCAGCAGCAGCAGCAGCAUGAGAGCAGGACAGUGUCUGAGUGGCGGAGGUGCACACAGCGCUGAGCUGACUUUGACAAGGAUAUAGGACGCGGUCUGGGGAAUUUUUUCUUCUUUUGUUUUCCUCUCCUCUUUCAUUACUCCAUCCCUCCCCCCGCCCCUCUCCCCUCUCUCCUCCAUCCUUUGAAAGUUAUCCCCUCUCUCUGAGCUCCUGCUUCAGGCGGCUCCUCCGGGCAUGCUCCUUAAGCCAAAGUAUGACCGCUUUCGCAACGAGUCUGUAACCUCCUCUGACGACCUGAUGCAGAGCUUAGCCAUGAGCAGCAAAGUCGUGGCCACACCGGUGGUCUCCUCCUCCGCACAGAGUCUCCCCCUGCCUCCUUUGCCUCCCCUGGAUCCCAGCGCCAGGUCCUCCUCCUCGGUGGGGGCCACAGCCCUGGCAGACUCCCCCUGCCUGGAUGGGGAGCAAGAGGCCACCACAACCUUCUGCAUGCUCAUCCCCAAGAUGCCCCAGUGGAAGUUCUCAAACUCCUUGCUCAGCAGAAGCCCAUCCAGCUCCAGCUCUAGCAAGGACUCAACCAAGACAGCUUCUUCCCAGGCCUCGUCUUCAUCACCGUCAAACAGGACCAGUGGGGCGAGCCCAGCCAGCGGCCCCGUGGCCAGCCUCGCGGCCGUACUUAACUCCUGUGACCCUGUCUGUGUCACCCCCUGUUCCCUGCAGGCCAUCCGAGGGCAGCGGGCAGUAGCGCAAGCUGCAGCCUCUGGAGGUCCAGCGGGACAUGGAUUUGGGGUCGCAGCAGAGGUCAUGGUGAGCCCCGGUGUCUCCAGCGGCUCCAGGUCAGGAAUGAACCGCAGGACAAGGGUGGAGGGCAUGUGGCUGGGGGGAGAUGAGCUCCACACCAAGGGUAGCUUCAUCCACAAGCCAUCUCAGGGUUGGCUGCACCCAGACAAGAAAAUUGUGGGACAAGGAGCUUCUUACAUUGUUAGGUACAUGGGUUGCAUUGAGGUGCUGAAGUCAAUGCGCUCCCUGGACUUCAACACACGGACUCAGGUGACAAGGGAAGCCAUCAACAGGCUUUGUGAGGCAGUGCCUGGUGGAAAGGGGGCUUGGAGGAAAAAGACCAUAAACAAAGCUCUGCAGUCAGUCAUGGGAAAGAGUAACCUGCGAUUUGCAGGCAUGAACAUCGCUGUCAACAUUUCUGUAGAUGGCCUUGGACUCCUCGUCCCAACCACACGACAGGUGAUUGCACACCAUCCCAUGCAGUCCAUCUCAUUUGCCUCUGGAGGAGACACAGACACACCAGAUUAUGUUGCAUACGUAGCCAAAGACCCAGUAAAUCAAAGAGCAUGUCACAUCCUGGAGUGUUCGGAUGGCUUAGCCCAAAGUGUCAUCAGUACCAUUGGCCAAGCUUUUGAGCUGCAGUUCAAACAGUAUCUACACAGCCCUCCUAAAACCAUGUCAUCUGUUGAGAGGCAUAUCAGGACAGAGGAGCCGGUGUGGGGCGAGGAUGAAGAUGCAUCAGAGCACGAUUACUACAACAGCAUCCCGGGGAAGGAGCCUCCUGUCGGGGGAGUCGUGGACUCUAGGCUGAGGCCCACCGGGACCCUGCUGGGUCACAUCCACACCCAGCCACAGAGCAAGACAGCAACUCAGAUGGGCUCACAGGCCAGGAGAGAGCAGGGAUCUUAUCCACUCGGUCAACUCUGUUAUGAGCUUCACUGGGACACUGAGACGACCUGUGGCUCAGAUGGUUACUUGUGUGCUGAUGGUCAGCCACCAGGCAGCAAGGACUAUGAAGAGCACCAGUAUGUAAAUACACAAAGUUUGGAAAACCUUGACUCUUUUACACAUGUAGCAGAUGGACAUAAAGGGGCUAGACCACAUGACAGUCCCAAAAAGGACCUCUUUGAUAUGAGACCCUUCGAGGAUGCCCUAAAGCUCCACGAGGCAUGUGGAGGAGCUUUUGGCUCCGGCGUAUUAGUGGGUUCUGGUUCUCAGGUUGGAGGUGUUCGAAACUUAGAGGAUCAGUGGCCCAGCCCGCCAAGACGCAGAGCCCCCGUGGCCCCGAACGAGGAGCAACUGCGCAGGGAAAUGUGGUACCACAGUCGCAUGAGCCGGAGAGACGCAGAAAAACUCCUGGUUCGAGACGGGGACUUCCUGGUCCGUGAGAGCACCACCAAUCCUGGGCAGUACGUGCUAACAGGCAUGCACUGUGGCCUGCCCAAACACCUGCUGCUAGUGGACCCGGAAGGAGUGGUCCGAACUAAAGACAUGUUGUUUGAGAGUAUAAGCCAUCUCAUAACAUACCACUUGAAGAACGAGCUGCCAAUUGUUGCAGCGGAAAGUGAGCUUCAUCUCAAGCAAGCUGUCCGGAGGAAACAGUGAACCACCCGGGUUGUUGUGAGAUGCUGAAUUCAUCUGGACUCUGGGAAACAUUUGUCCUGAGAACUGAGUAGAUGAUUUUUUUUCAUCCUGAAAGAACACUUCUACUAUUUUUGCCUUGAACAUACUUCCCAUGAAAGUGCAGAAUCAAGUCAAGCUCCUCUGGCUGUCGGGCUAAACCAAAUGUUUUACUGUACGUCAUAAACGCCUCCACAUGCGGACCAGAAUCCAGAAUGCCACAUCAUUUUAAACAUAUAAAAAAACUAACAAGUGCUUCCAGCAAUCCACGACCCCAUUGUUACCGGCCAUUCUUUCUGCCAACAAUGAACACGACCAGAGGAAAAACUGAAACCGAUUAUCUAUCACAGAUAUAAACUCGAGACGUGUCAGCCUUCAGAUUGAGAAGCAAAUUUCUUCAAGUAUGCAGAAAAUGACUGUAGGUUUGCGUGUCUGAGACGCAACAGAAGGCCGUCUCUCUCUUUGGGAUGCAACGACUUGCUAUUUCUACAUCGGUCUCCAGUAUCCGAGAAGGCACAAAGGAGAAACACUGACUCGGUGUACGAGCUGCACAUGCUUAUGUACUUUACAUUUUGCCACAGUAUCAGCAAAGACAUGAAGCUUUUCUACAUUGUCAUCAAUUAACAUAUGUGGUCUUGUUUGCUGUUUGUAAGGAGCUUAUCGCAGUACAAUGAACUUAUACGAGCCUGUGACCGAGCAGACUUUACUCUGCGAUGAAUCCUGAGUCCAAGCUAAUGUCUUCAUUUCUAACUAACUGUGCAGGUACAUCCCAAUGAAUUGGAAUACCAUAAAUAGUUUCAGUCUGUAAUACAAUUUAAGAGUGAAAUUCAUAUAUUCUCUAGAUACAUCAUCACACACAGUGACGUCUCCUAAGCAUUUAUUUAUCUUUAUCUUAUUGAUUAAUGAGUUAUGUUUCCAAGAAAAAAAUCUAAAUAUUAAGAUUUUGUUUUACUAUUUAAUUACAACCAAGAAAGAAGCUGUCUGUUCAUAAAGUGUUGCAUCCAAGCACAUUACUGGAGAGGUCAGUGAAGGUGACACACGGGUGAAUCACAGGACGUCAAAUAUGACUCUUAUUCAAGUUGCUCCUGCAACAGAGACAUACAAAGCGUGGCACCAAAGAGAAAAGGCACUGGACUGUCGCUCAGUGGUCCAAAGUCAUCAUUUUAAAUGAAAGUACAUUUUUAAUUUUCAUUUGAAAAUGUAGGUCCCAGAGUCUGGAGGAAGAGUGAAGAUACACAGCCAUCUGCUGGAGUUGGUCCAUUGUGUUUUUUCCCCAAGUUCAAAAUCAAUGCAGCCAUCUGUCUGUCAGGGAAUUUUAGCGCAAUUCAUUCUUCCCUCUACUUUGAAGUAAGGAGAUGCUGAUUUCAUUUUUCAGGAGAAUUUGGCGACUGCCUAAUACUGCCAAAAGUACCAAUGCCCGCUUUAAUGACCGUGGUAACACUUUGCUUAAUUGGGCAGACAACUGUCCUUACCUUAACCUCAGGUAGAGGUUAAGGUAAGGAGUCUUACUUUUACUAAAUUAAAGUUUUAAUUCCACUAUUUGUUGAGCGGUACCUGCAUGUAUUUUUCCCAGUGCCUUAAUAACUACUACACUGGCAGGCUUUUGUCUCAGUGUAUAUAAUGUGCAGUUCUGCACUCAUUGCAAAAAGACUACAUUUUCUUGUCAUGCCAUUGAAAAGAUAAACAAGGUUCAGGAUAAUUAAGCUGUUAUAUUUGUAAACAGUGAUGUAAGCUGCUCCCGUUUUCUUCUAGAUAAUCGCAGUCUAUCAGCUGUUUUUGUUAUCAAUCUCUUUUGUGAGAUCCUCAGAAAAGAUGUCCUUUCCUUUCGCCGAUCGCUGUCCUCUGCAGUGAUUGGACGUAAAAUAGCGAUAAGGAUGUGCAAUCCCUCCGUUUGUUUCGGCUCAGGAAAAUUCGGUACUUUGAUGACCAUGUUUUGUGUCCACAUCUCUGUAUUUAAGCUAAACAGGUUUGUGUUGUGUCUUCAGGGCACACCAGGAAGUGGCUCAUUACAUCUGUGUCACUGUAGUACUUUUGGAUUGUAUUGUUUUUUUUCCUUCUGUGCAUCAAGGACAGGUAAAUUAGAUAAAUCUUUUGAUGAGAAUGUGAAUUUUUUUAUGCUUUUUUCCCCCCUUUGCAUUCUCAGGAAUUUCUCAAUUUUUCCCCCUUCUUCACUGUUAUGUUUAGUCAAUAAAAUCAAUUAUGAAAGG